UGCCACUUCCUUAACAAAAAGUAGUCUAGUGUUUAUUGACAGUUCACGUUUGUUCUUUCUUGCCUUUAAAAUUGCUGGGUAAAAAUUGUGUAAAACAGGAGGGUUAAACCUGUGACUAUCUACCGGCGUGGGAUUUUGAUUGUCAUAGAGUUGACUUGCAAAGACGUGCACAAGGGACAAGUCAGAGAGUAGAGUGCAAGGCCAGAGUGUGUGUGUGCUGCUGAUGUGCUGCUGAAGGUAUAAUUAAUCAGAGAAGAUCAAAUGGAUAAAGUGGUGGAAUCUGAGCAAAGUAAUGAGGAAGUUUUCCAAGGAGAAAGAAGAAAGAUCAUCCAGCCUUCAUCUUUAAACGAUCCCAAACUAGUGAAGCUUAAAGAGGUGCUGGUGGAAUGGAUCAACACUACUCUGAAGACAGAGCACAUUGUGGUCCAGACUCUGGAGGAAGACAUCUUUGAUGGACUUGUGAUUCAUCACUUACUGAGCAGGUUAGGAGGUGUUCAUUUAGAGGUUGAGGAGAUCGCAGUAACCAGUGCUGCCCAGAUGUGCAAACUGGAGUUGAUUCUGCAGGCCCUCAAUCAGGAGCUAGGGCUUGGUGAUGAAGCAGAAAGUACAGCUCGAUGGAGUGCCAAACUCAUCCACAGUCGAGAUCUGCUGGCAACUCUGCAUCUGCUGGUGGCCAUGGUGAAGCGCUACCAGCCCGAACUGGCCCUUCCCCAAAAUGUCAGUGUGGAAGUCAUCCUGUUUGAGGUAAACAAAGGUGGCAUCAAAUCUGACAAGCAGAUCGAAUACAUCACUUUGCAAAGUGAAGAUACAGAAGGCUGUAAAAAUGACCCCAUAGAUGAGCUGCUUAAGCUUGAUGCACACAAAAUUGACACAGUCAAAAAGGCCAUCUUGCAUUUUAUCAAUAAGAACAUGUCGCCGUUAAGGCUGCAGGUGUCUGACAUCGAGAAACAGUUUGCAGAUGGUGUGAUCCUGCUUUUGCUGAUUGGUGAGUUGGAGGGUUUCUUCAUUCCACUCUACGAAUUCUACCUCUCUCCUUCCAGCCACUCAGAGAUGCUUCAUAAUGUAACCCUGGCUUUGGACCUACUUAAUGACAGAGAAAUACUGGUACAGAAUGUUGACCCAGAAGAUAUUGUGUCCCAAGAUAUGCCGGCUACACUAAAAGUACUGUAUGCCUUGUUCAAGAAACAUAAGAACAAAUAAUUUCCUACUAGCCACAUCUACAUCCUGAUGAAAAUGAUUGUAAAGAUCAUGGGAUAAGCUUCUAAUCCAUGUGGAGUGCAAUGUUGUAACUGAUAUACAUUAAGAAAUUGUGAAAGCAGUUCAUCAAGAAAACAGUUGCCUAGUUUUAAUAAACGUAAGUGAACACUGGAUCGCUCAGCACAUCACACAGAUUGCCUGUGGAUGGUGACAGCAUGAUGACCCCCUCCAUUUCGUCCUCCCUUAUCUUCCCACAUGCUCUCUAAUUGAAUGGUUGCCCUUGAGCUUCUCACUUAUCCUUAUAGACAGAAUGCAUUAUGGUAUCCCACUUGCUCUGAAAUAAAUACCUUGCUAUCAAAA